ACUGUAUCCUUUGAUCUCAUACCAAACAGGACACUCGUCGUCACCAACCAUCCUCCACAUAUACAGUCAUAUACACCAAUAUGUUCUCGAGGAUAACCAGAUUUGCAUUGAACGGAUCAAGAAUCCAAGCGCCACUUACUAUCCAACCAAUCAGCAAUACCAUCAUCAACCCCAUCAGAGCCAUUUCCACAACUUCCACUUUAAAUGCUCCACCUAGAAGGGCCAACAAGAAAGGCGUAAAACCAUCCAAUUGGCUAAAAGCAGAUGAAAAAGUAGUUGGAUGGAAGAUCUAUGCUACCUUCACCAGUAAUAACACCAGAGCUAAUGUAGUAGCUGUGGUUGAAGAUACCAAGUUCUUGGAAAAGAAUCAACACUUAUCACACAAUGAGCAAGUUAUUUACUAUUUACAAUUGCCUCACAGAAUCGUGUAUUCAUUAAGCACAGGUCAAUUAGGAUUCAGAGGUGUGCAAAGAAGUGAAUAUGAAGCAGGGUUCCAGUUGUCUUCUAAAUUAUUCAAGACCAUUCAAGAAAAGAACUUGUUUGGUCCUACCGAUAAAGUAGAAAUUGUCGUCAAUGGAAUGGGUAAAGGUAGAGAAGCCUUUUCUGCUGCUUUAUUAGGUAAAGAAGGUCAAGCACUUCAAAAGAAUAUAGUUAGAAUCAGUGAUGCCACUGUACUUAAGUUUGGUGGUUCUCGUUCCAAAAAGCAACGUCGUAUAUAGACUGACAAGACUGUAUAUAUUCCUGUAAAUAAUACAAUAGUUAAUCUACCAGAAGAUAUUACUAGAUGU